GCAACCAUUUUGAAAAAGGGUCAAAGCAAAACACAAAUCAAAACAGAGGUAGAGCCAAACCCAAUAAAACAUUCUCUCCAUUUCACUUCCUCCUCUACUCUUUUCCAUGCUUCCAAGCCUAGAUAUCGCUGCAGUGUUCAUCAUAGCUGCAGUUUCUCCAUCGUCUGCAUCCAAAUGCGUGGUUGAUCUUUCUGCUUGGGAGAAAUUUCCAAUCCCUUCCGAUUGAGAACACCAUAAAACUGUUUCUCAGCAACAAAAGUUGUGUCAUGUCUCUUAAACCCGUAAAGAAAAUGGGUUCUUCUAACUCCCACAAGCUCAAGACAGAGAAAUCCAACAAGAUCAUGAAACAUCGCAAGCUUCGAAAGAUUGCGAACUUGUUGCGGUACGUUGAGAUGUGUGUUGUUUUGGUCUUGAUUUCCAGGGCCUCCUUCCAACACCUACCAGUGGCUCUCAAGAUCUCAAGCGAGUAUUUCAGUGGUUUCAUGGUUAGCCCUCGCUUCGUUUUUCUGAUCGGAAACGUUAUAAUCAUCGCUCUGUUCGCCCAGUCUGGCCAAUUCUCAGGAAAGACAACUCCAGAGCCUGAUUUUUAUCUCGAGUUCCUUCAGAAUAGCACCGUGAAUCAGGAAACUCAAGAUGAUCAGAAAAGGGUAAGCAUGAAAUCGGAGAACGGUGUAAAGGAUCAUCAUCAUAGAAUCGAUGGAGGCAUGAUUAAAACCAAACACCCAGAAAAACAGAGCACAGAUGGAAGCAUGAUCAAACUCCCCGAAAAACAGAGCACGAGAGCAACAACAACUGGUUUGGAGAUAGUGGAAGUGAAGGACUAUAGAAGGUGUCAAUCAGAGAUUACGAGGCGUAUGCAGAGUGAUGAGAAGGAUCGGCGCGUGCUGCAAAGGUGUGAGACUGAGAAUCGGAUGAGGAGAAGCAAUGAAGGUGAAACAGAGAGAGUGGGAAGGAGUUCGUACCCUGAAGAUGGAAUGAGCAACGACGAUUUUCGACGCACGGUGGAGGCUUUCAUUGGGCGCCAACAGAGGCUCCGAGAACAUGAAUUACAAGCAUUUUCUUCCUAAGAUUUGGAGUUCAUAGUCAGAAGUUUGUGGAUUGUUCAACUCUAUUAUGUGAUCAGGGUGAACUAUACCUUGAAUGUAAUUCCUCUGUUUUUUCUUCUGGCAUCUUGUUAAGAAACAAAAAAAUGUGAUGUAUAUCAUGUGAGUAAAGAAAGUGAGUGGAUUAACGUUUUGAUUCUUAAA